AUGGGAUCGACUUUCAGGGAUCGGACGGCGGAGUUCCAUUCACUGUCCCAAACGUUGAAGAAGAUCGGAGCGAUCCCGUCCGUUCAUCAAGUUGAAGAUGAUCUGGCAACGUCCAAACGGUCGCCGCCGGGAUCUUCAAAAUCCGAAUUCAACAAGAAGGCUUCCAUGAUCGGUCUACGCAUCCACGAAACGUCUCAGAAGAUCGCGAGGCUCGCUAAAUGUACGGUUAGAUCUAUUGUCGCCGUCUUCUUAUCUAUUGUUUUCCGCUGGAAUCAUGAUUUCGUUCUGGUGGCAAAACAAUCGUCGAUUUUCAAUGACCGGACCGUGGAGAUACAGGAGUUGACUGUGUUGAUCAGGAACGAUAUCACGGGGCUGAACAUGGCUCUCUCGGAUCUGCAAACCCUUCAGAACAUGGAGAUCGCUGAUGGGAAUUAUUCACAGGACAAAGUUGGUCACUACACAGCUGUCUGUGAUGACUUGAAAACCAGACUUAUGGCAGCUACAAAGCAACUUCAAGAUGUUCUAACUACGAGAUCAGAGAACAUGAAGGCUCACGAAAACCGGAAACAACUCUUUUCCACAAAAAACGCAGCAGUUGAUAGUCCACCUCUGAAUAACGCAAAAUCUGCACCUGAGCCUCCUCCUUGGUCAAGUUCCUCGAAUCCUUCCGGGAAUAUACAGCAACCACUAUUGCCGCCAUUAAACAGUGGUAGUGGAGCUACUUUAGGUAGCCAGCUCAGAUCCGCGAUCGAGAAUGCUCCUUCGCAGCAAAUGGAGAUGUCCAUGUUGCAGCAAACGGUACCAAGGCAGGAGAAUUAUAGUCAAAGCCGAGCUGUUGCACUUCACAGUGUUGAGUCGACAAUAACAGAGCUCAGUGGAAUAUUCACGCAUCUAGCGACAAUGGUCACACAACAGGGGGAGCUAGCUAUCAGAAUCGAUGACAAUAUGGACGAGUCGUUAGUUAAUGUAGAGGGAGCACGCAGCGCUCUUCUGCAGCAUCUCACUCGAAUUUCUUCAAAUAGAUGGCUCAUGAUCAAGAUCUUCGCUAUUAUCAUCUUGUUCCUCAUUGUUUUCCUCUUCUUUGUGGCUUGA